GCUGCUGAAAGUGAAAAGAGUGAUGAGAUGGAUAACUCAAACGUUGAAAAAACGAGAAAUUUAUAAACUAUACACUAUAACUAUAAGUGGAGUUGUAAUUUUAAAUAGGCCUAAAAUUAUUAACUUUUUAUCUUCAGUUGAAGGUGACGUUUUAAUAUUAUAUUUGCCUAACUUUUAAAAGACAAAUGUAAAAAAAUUACAAUUAAAAAUCUUUUAAAAUUAAAAUCUUUAACUUCCUAGGCCUAGGCUAGGCCUAGACGUGACCUAGUCCUAGCAACCUUACUUUUUACCUAUAUUAUGGCCUUACUCCUGUUAACCCAUCUUAGCCAUAGUAUUCUAAUAAUAAGCCUAAGUACUUCAGAAAGUAUAAGAUCAAUGAUAAUUUAAUUUACAAAUACUAAUAAUAUGUAAUAUGAGUAAGGCUAUGACUAUGGGCAGUAUCUCAGUGUGGGCAUGACUUUUUAAAAUUUUGGUCUAACUAACUUAAUAAAUAGUUUUCAAAGUUAGACCAUUCACUCCAAUGAUUUUUCAAGGUAGAGAGAGGCUAUCCUAAGAGAUUUCAUUUCUACAUGUUUCCUUACUAUACAUAACUUACUUUUUAGUACACUAGCUUCAAAAUGUUUGCUUGUGGUUAAUUGUUGUUAGUGAAAAAAAAAUUAGACUAUAUUACCAUGAUUUGUAUAUUUGAAUUAUUCAUUUUCUAAGUGUUAGUUAUGAUGAGUCACAAAUUAACCAUAUGAAUAUGAUAUGAUUUUAAGUAUAUAUACUUAUAUAAUCCCUACAUUUAACUAAAAGUUCAUCUUAAUUAAUAAGAAAAAAUUUCUUCUGAAGGUCAGGCUUUUCUAGGUUAUACCACUUAAUCAAUAUGGAUACAGAACUGUCAAGGAGCAUCCAAUCACUCGAUCCACAUUUUCAACCUUUUGUCCAUUAUCUCUUAGAGCAGAGCUGUGAAAUAACUUUGACGAAUGAGUCACUUCAAAUUUCGGAGCCUUGUUCAGGGUAUUUAUGCAAUAAUUAUAAGUGUUUUGUCAUUGUGUUUGAAACUGGCCUUACACUAAGAAUUAUACGCUGUUAAAUUAUGAUUGUUUACUUUUAUUAAAAAAUAAUUUUUUCCUCUAUUCUGAGGAUCUUACGUUCACAACUAUUGAUUGCUCUAUUGAUAAAUGAAUGAUUAAAUCUUGGAUUAUUCUUGAGUUUUUAAAAUUUUUUAAAAAGAGUAUGUGUUUUUUUUAUCUGCAAAGAUGCUACCCUAAAGUCACGAUGGAGGGUAUAAGAUAUGACAGAUUUAAGUUAAAUAUACCUUAUGCCCAACAACAGCUAACAUGUAAGUCUUUUGAUCGUUAAAUGAACAACUAAUAUCUUAUAGAAAUAAGGAAUUGCAUAUGCUUUGUUUUACAUGAAAGAGUAGAAACAUAUUCUUUUUCUUCUGGGCAUCAUUGCAUGGACUUCAUAACAUUUUCUUUUCUUAUUGAAAAAUUAAUUUCAUAGCUGUGUGUUAGCAAAACAUUCUUGAUUUUUUUAGUAGGUUUUAGCUGCCCAUUGGUUUUAAAUAAAAGUAGUCAACUGAAAAACAUGACAGUGUGAACUUAAUUUUUUAAAAAUUACAUUUCAGGGGAGAUAAUUUUUGACUCUGCUAAUUGGAAGGAGCCUCCUGAUUUUAUUUUUGAUGCUGAAGAUGAUGACUUUUUCCCCCCUAUGGAGCAGAUAAACGUAAGUAGACUUAUUCAUGUAUUUUAAGUUUAAAAUAAUUUUAAAUGACUGUAUUUAAACAAUAAUAAUAAUAAUAAUUCAUCUUUAAUUACAUCACCCUAAUUAUUGUACUAAACUGUAGCAUAUUUUAUUUUGAAUUUUGUAUCCCUGACCAGUGAUGGUUACUGGGAAGGGUAACUUCACUUCUGCAUCUCAACCACCCUUCUUUUUACUCAGACAAUAAUAUGUAGAUGUAAUUUAGCAACUAAAGUCAUUGCAUGCUCCUCCUCUCCAUUGUGUCUAAAUGUGCUACAGUUCAUGAUUAUCUUACAUUGCAAGACCUGGAUUAUAGAUUAUUGUCUUUUUAUUGUCAGAGUUUAAUUUGCUGGGACUGGAAGAAUAAAGAAAGCUUGGCAGCUGCUGUCACUGAACUACUUGAGCUGUAUAAAGAUUAUCAACUUGAGAGAGCUAGUACAAACAGUACAUUGCAGAGACAUUUGAGGUCACUACUGGCUGAAAAUCCAAAGGAAUUACAAAUUGUCAUUAAUAGAACAGAGGUAAUUAGGAAGUAUAUGACAGAUGUGUCUUGCUACUAAAAGAUUUAGACUGUGAACUGCUAAAUGUUACAUUAAUUUGGGGUAUUUUAUGUACUCCCUUAUAAAAUAAGGUAAAAGAUUUUAAUAAUACCUUUUUUGUCUGGCUGAAUAUAAGAUAUUAAGCAGAAUUAUAUGUACCCAGUAAUUUUAACAUAGUCCACACCAAUGGGGUGUAACCUUGAAAUCAUUUAUGUCCAAAAUUUUGUUUUAAAGCAGGAACAGAUAUUUCAAAACUAACGACUAAAUUGUAUUGAUAUUUUAAACAUUUAUUGUGCGAGGCUAAUCACAUAUAAAUAUGAUUUAAAAUAGUUCACAGUCCAAAAUUUGGCUCUGAAAGUAUUAAAUAAAUAUAGCUGGGGUGAUGCCCGGUCAAAUCGAAACUGCUAGUCUACGAUGCUGGUCUGUGCAUUUUAUAAAGUAUUAGGUUAGAAUAUAGUAUUAAAUGAUAAUUUAAACAAAAUUAUUUAUUAUGCUAGUAUAAUUAGUUAUCAGCAUUCAUUUUAAAUAUUUAACAUUGUAGUAUUUCAUUAAUAGAAAAUCAAUUUUUUUUUAAAUUUGAAAACUCAUUUUAAUACAAUAGUAUGGCACAAAUAGUGAUAGCUAGCACUUCAGACAGUGGAAGAGAAAAAUACUAUAAUUGCUUUAUAAAUAAUUAUUUCUUUGACCAUUUACUUUUUUAUAUCUUUGUAGCAUAACUUUGGCACAGUCAAUGUACUCAUGAAGCUGGAAGUCAAUUUUUCCAAUCUUCCACCGUAUUUGCAGGAGGUAAGAUUGUGCUUAUAAAAUCAUUUAUAUCAAUGUUAUUAUGCAAAUCGGAACAUUUUAAGCUUAGUCUUUUUUAAUGUUGGUUCAUAUAAAGUCUAAAAAUAAAUAAUAAAAUAUGUCUACUAAAAUUUUUAAGUUAAUUUUGCAUAUGAUCACUGGAACUUGAUCUAAUGCACCUUUUCAAGGUUAUGUUUGCUUUUCCAUAGCUCAAAAAGCUUGGAGAUAACGUAAUAUUUUACAUUUAGGACAUAUAACUUAAAAAUGUUCAUUGUGCACCUAUAUUAGAAAUAAAGCAAAUAAACAUGUUUCUUUCUACAGGGCAACCCAGGAAAAGGUACAGCUGUUUUAUAUGUUUGGUUUCCAAAUCCAGAGAGCUCUUCUGUUAAGUCUCAGCUUUAUUUGUCACCAACUGUUGAAAGGUUGGUCAGAAUGCAUACUUCUGUCAAAUUAUAAACCGCUGUUUAAGAGCUUUGUCAGCAUAUACAUUAGAGACCGACCGAAAGGGAUCGAAGCCGAAAAUAGGCCGAAAGUUUAAAAUGACUUUCGGCCGCAACCGAAAAAAUACCGAAAGUUAAAAAUGAAUUUUGGCCGAAGCCGAAACCGUAAAUGAAAUAUUACGAUAUUUUGAAAUUCGUUCCCGCAUACAUUCUUCAUACAUCGAAAAUGAUGUGGGGAAAGUAUAAAUAUUUACAUUCUUUUUAUAAAAAAUGGGAUAAUCGUGAAUAUUAAUAAACAAACAUCUAAUAUAGGGGUCUCAAACUCGCAGCCCGCGAGCCAUUUGUGACCCGCAAGACGAUAUUUUGCGGCCCGCUACAUGACAGAAAAGUUUAGUGUAAAUGCGCCGGCGCGUUUCCCCCAUUCUCAUAUCUAUAAUGUGACUCUCCGCGACGGUUUCAGUGGAAUCUCACCGACUAGUCUAAUUCUGAUUUUUUUAUUUUUAAUGUCUCUAUAUAUUUUUGGAUGCCAGGUCUCUGGCAACAGUGAGUAGUUCUUGAGAACCCUUAAUGAUUUUAUUGCUAUUUAUAAAGGUUGAGCAGAUUGUAACAAUUGUAAUCGCUUUUUUGUGGAUUACUUGAUGCGGCCCACUCUUAUUCAAUUCAGACACUACCUCCUGUGCCCCCCCCCCCCCCUUCCCCCUAUGUUUUGAUUUUGAGACCCUUGUUCUAAGAAUACUUAGGUUUUUACCAUUUUAUUAUAAAAGUAAUUUAAUUUGCUUUACUUUUUUUUUUGGGGGGGGGGGGGGGGAAUUAUUGCAAAAUAUUUUUUUUUUAAACAGGGUCUCUAAAAAAUGUGGUUCUAAAAGAUCGCUUAAUUUGUUUUUAAAGAUCGUUUAGUUGGUUGUAAUUGAUCGGUUAGUUUGUUGUUAAAGAUCCUUUAGUUUGUUGUUAAAGAUCGUUUAGUUGGUUGUUAAAGAUCAUGUAGUUUGUUGUUAAAGAUCAUUUAGUUUGUUGUUAUAGAUCGUUAAGUUUGUUGUUGAAGAUCGUUUAGUUUGUUGUUAAAGAUCGUUUAGUUUGUUGUUAAAGAUCGCUUAGUUUGUUGUAAAUAUCGCUUAUUUUUUUCACAAAGAUCGCUUAGUUUGUUCUUAGAGAUCGCUUAGUUUGUUGUUGAAGAUCUUUUAGCUCGUUCAUAAAGAUCGCUUAGUUUGUUGUAAAGAUCGCUUAGUUUUUUCUUAAAGAUAAUUAAUUUUGUUCCUUAAGAUAGAUUAGUUUGUUCCUAAAGAACAUUUAGUUUUCUGUUAAAGAUCGCUUAGUUUAUUCUUAUAAAUCAUUUAGUAAUAACUGUAGUAAUAAUUAGUAGUAAAGAUCAUUUGUUUUGUUGUUAAAAAUCAUUUAGUUCGGUCUUAAAAAUCGUUUAGUUUGUUCUUUUAGAGCGUUUAGUUUGUUAUUAAAGAUCGCUUAGUUUGUUUUAAAGAUCGCUUAGUUUUUUCUUAAAUGUCCCUUAGUUUGUUGUUAAAUAUCGUUUAGUUUGUUCUCAAAGAUCGCUUAAUUUGUUCUUAAAUGUGGCUUAGUUGUUGUUAACUAUCGCUUUCACUGAGUAUUAAAAUGACUGAAAACCUGAGUCACUUUCGGCCGGAUGGCCGAAAGUCUAAGUCAAUUUCGGCCGAAACCGAAGAAAAACCGAAGGUUAACUUUUCUCUUUCGGCCAAAACCAAAAUUAAGCCGAAAGUUAACUUUUCAGUUUCGGCCGAAUUGGCCGAAAGUGAUAAAAUGGCCACUUUCGGCGCCGAAGCCGAAAUUCGGUCGGUCUCUAAUAUACAUACAUGCUAAACUAUACUACUAUUUAUAGACUUCAGACAAUUUAAUUUUUUCUAUAGUAGUUAGAAACGUUUGAUGUUGUAUGAAAACAUAUAAUGAUUACAGGUAGUGAUUAUCUAAAUUUAAAAUGAACAAGUCGCUCUAAUUAUUUAUUCUCUAAAACAAGUUAUGAGAAUCUUUCUCUAUUGAAUAUUGUAUUUGACAAUUAUUAUCCCAGAUUUUUGUUUUUCUAAAGGUUGAGAAGAUACUAUGAUAGUGCUAGGUUUGCCAUUUACAAGAAAUUAAUCUAAUAUUAUGUAUUUUAUAUAAUUUUACUCAAACAUUCAUUAUUGGGAAAAUCUGUCAAAUUUAUAUUUAGUUGUAAAUGAUUACAUUUCCUAAAUUCUUUCAGCGCUUUUGGUGGAUCUAGCAAGCUGCAUAUUCCAGUAUUUCAGCAGGGUAUAUUACUUGGGGAGUAUUUUGCCCUCAUCAAUCAGCUUUUAGCAAAACAGGUGAGAUAUUUCUUUUUUUUUUUUACUUUUCUUUCAUGACAGGAGAGGAGAGUAGAGGUCUGGUCAUUUCUUAUCAGCAUAGUAACCAGCACCAAAAAGAAAAAAAGUUUCCUUGUUCUUAAUUUUAACAUAAUAAAAUUCACUAUUGCAGACCUGUUUAUUCUUACGAAUUUAGUGUAUAAUAUACGAUUUUGAGGUGUCUUUUACGAUUGUACACUAAGACCUGUCGAAGCAAUGAUUUUAAGAAACUGGGUUGAAAUUAUUAUACAUUCCAGUUUCCAAUUAAAAAAUAAUUAAAACGUACAUUUUCAGCUUUUAGUUUUAACUUGCUCUCCACAUCUAGUAGUAAAUGGAUGGAGAAAUAUUAUUGGUGGGGACAAAAUAUUACGUUUGCCCUGAGAGGGGAAGGUGGUGGUGUUGAUUUAGGAGAUUUUGUGUAUGGGUGGUCUAAAUAUUUAAGUCUAUAAAAUUCACACUGCCAAAUUUUUGUAAUGAUAGCGAUGAUGGUCAUAUUGUUGCUUUCUGUGUUAUAGUUAACUCACUGGACAAGGCAACAGUAAUAUUAGCGUAGUCAGCUAAGUGACAAUUUAAUCCUGGCUUUUGUUUUCUUCAGUGCCGUAUGACAUAAUUUUUAGACAUAAUUAUUUCGUUUGGUCUGCACAUUCUCUCAAUAUAAAUUAAUAUCUAUAGCAAAUACAAGACUGCAAAACAAAGUGACAGCAGAUUGCCAUCUAUUUUUAGAAGUUACCUUUUUUGACCCAUCUUAACUGGAUCCCACCAGACACACAAUGCGAGUAAUUAUUGUAUAAAUUUUAUAUACUGUCUGUUUAUGUCUUUACUAUUAAGCUACUGUGCUGUACAAUUUUGAGAUCAUAUUGUACGAUGUUAGGUGUUUGAGGGUAAACAGGUCUGCAAUUGCUUUUAGUUUUAGCAAAAGGAUUAUAAUCCUUAAAAUAAUAGUUCUGCCAGGGGCUUGUGUUUAAUUACUAUAUUAAAAAUGAAUGAUUUUAACAUGAAACACCAAUCUUAAUCCCAAAUGAUCUGUUUGUCAUUGUGGAGCAAUGCUGAGGAAAAAGAUUUCACAGUGAAAAAUGUAAUGUUUGACUUAAUUAGAUAUAAUAUCCUGUCAUUAGAACAUUCAAUUUUUUCCAUGUCAGCAAAGGUAAUUUGAAAACUAUACCAGCCUAAUGAAAAAAUCCAGUUUGAUCUGAAUUAUUUAUAAAACCAAAGAUAUAUACUUUUGGUGCACAUGUUCAAUGAAAACAUUAAUUUGAUGAAUUUUCUGAACUAUAAGCUACAUACAUGCCAACCUUGUAAAGUUGAAACCCUUUAUGCUGAUGCCCAAAAUCUGGAAAAACAUUUAGACUCCAAAAUGGAAAUAUCACAAUUAUUUUCAGCUAAAUAUUUUUAUUUUUUUUUAAAUGUUUUUUUUUUUGUAAUCUUGAAAUUAUUUGAGCUAUAAACAAACUCUGCCUGUGUUAUUCCACACAUUCACUGGAGUAGCUCGGGUUAGAACCGCCCAGGGUGGGCCAAAAUUUUUGCUGCCCCUUUUUCACAAAAAACAAAAACUCUGCAGUUGACAAAAAAUGCCACCUCUAAAUGCAAAGAAAAAAGGUUUGCACAGGCAGACCAUGGUGCACACCCCCACCCCCAAAUGCACUGCACUGCACAAACUUAAAUAAGGUAAAAAUUCUUUUAUUGAUACAAAUAAAUGAAAAUGUUUUUUAUUACAUUGUACAUACUCAAUUUCAGCACAUAAAUAAAUACAUAUUGUAAUCGAGACAACAUUUUACACUUAUAACAAUUCAAAAACAAGGCAUAUGUUGUCAUUGCAAGUGACUAUAUUUUUUUGGCAUUGGUAUAUUUUCUGAACUUUUCCAUCCCUUUGGUAUGGUAUGACUUUCGUAUUAAAUAUAUAACAAAAAAAUGUAGGAAAUGUUGUCUCCAUUGGAUCUUGCUUCUGGCGUCAGAUUGUUUAGGGUUGAGAAUGACCUCUCACAGUGUGCAUACCUGUAAAGUUACUUUGUUGACAACAAUUAAAGUAGUGCAAAUGGAAAAUACUUUCCAGGUCUUUUUCACUUUUUAAUUGCAUUAUUUACAGCCAGCCAAGAUAGUUUGGAAAAUAAUGAAAACAGGCUUUGCUAUCCAUUCAUUUUUUUUAAUCCUGGGUUCAGUCAUUGAUUGAAUUUGAAUAUUUCAAGCUAGAUAGAAAACAAGAAUUAAACGGGAAAAGAAGAAAAUUAAUACAAUUAUGUCUGACUUCCAUCUUCUCAAGGACUUGCUUUGCUGCACUGCUUAUUUGGAAUUAUUAAAUAAAGAUCUUAAAAACUUAAGCAAAAUCAAGAAAGCAUGUUUAAUAUAUUUGAAAAGCUCUAAAAUAUUUAACAGAAAUUAAAAGGAUUAUUAUAAAUGUAAGAUUAAUUAUAAGGGUGUGAUAAAUAUAUUGAUUCUAGUCAAAAGCUUUCCCAAAUCUACUACUCUUAUUACUCUUAAUCUAACUUAAUGAUUAAAUAUUUAAUCUAUCUUUGUUGGUUAAAACAAAAAAACUCUAUAUGGCAUAUCCACUAUUACUUUAUGAUCCGCUAGGUAAAUUUAUAAAUAUUCUGCCUUGAUUUGCAGGUGAGCCUCAUAUCUGACUGUUUUCAGAAAAAGCAAAAGUUCACAUCAGGACUUCUUGCAUAUUUUGUCAAGUAAGUAUACAUACUUUUUCAUUAUUAGGUUUUUAGGUUUCACAUUCAUGUUGAUUGUUCAGUAGGGAAACUAAGUGAAAAUCCUUUUAAAAAACAAAUAACUUCUUCCACCAUCAUUUUUAUUAGUGCACACGUUGACUGUUUGUCAUGUGAUUUAGAACUGCAGUCAAUAGUAUGUCCGCAAUGAUCUUCACAUUAGCCUGAAACCGAUUUUCCCAAUAAGCCAUCAAUGCUUCCUGUGUUUCCCCCCAGGUCUGUGAUAGAGUAUGAUGUCAACAAAAUUGUGCUGCUACUUGAGUGGAACGACUUUUUCUUCACUUUUACAGGUUCUUUUUGUUUUUUUUCCUAAGUUAACGAGUUCUUUAUAUUUCAUUGCCUUUUUGUGCAGUGUUUUGAGGUAUCUAAGUAGUGAAUGUAAAGUUAUAAUUGUACUGAUGUACUUUAAGUCUAGAAUGGAGUCUGUUCUUUGGGUGUCUGAUCCAUGUGUAAGUAUCAAGGAUUAGUUUUACCUAUCUAAUGAUUGUUUAUUUUUCAAAACUGGGAAAUUACACAUUAUACCGCAGACCUGUUUAUUCUUACGAUUUUAGCUUUCAAGGUACAACUUGAUGUGUCUUUUAUGAUUGUAUGCCGAGACCCUAUGCUUUUUGAGACCAGGUUAUAAAAUAUUUUAUUAGUUUCAUGGACAUCAUUAUUUCUUUCGUCUGAAUCAUGGGAUUGUGAAAACGGAGAAAACUAGGGAUGUUUAUUGUUUUAUUUUUAUAACAUGCAUUCUUAACUGUUGUGCACUGGAACUUUGAAUUUUGACAUAGUUUUUAACAUCUAGUUAACAGCAUUUGAAAUCUAUUUUUAGAACAUGUAAGGCAGCUCUAUCCCCUUAACGAUCUAUCCCCUGAAUGAUUUUAAUGCAACAGUCUGGCAUCAUCACUCUUACUCCCCCUCACCCUUCACUGUAUGCGGUAGUUAUUACAUAUUAUAUGUUUAACUGAAAAAAAUUAGGUUCCUUUUAGUUAGGCGACGGCACACUUUUCCCCUGAAAUAAUGAGGGUGGGGGACGUCAAUUACGUCAUCAGUAUGUUGUCACUAGGCUAAAUAUUACUGCUACUGCUACAACAGUAACUAUCGAGCUCUUUAUAAAAACACAAAGCAUUAGUAUGGCGAUAACUGCGAAACACUGUGGUGUAAUAUUUAUAGUCUUAAUAGGCCUAAUUAGAAUUCAUGGAUUUCACAGAUUUUUAGGUGACACUUGUCUCUAUUAGAGACUGUCGGGAUAAUUAUUGCAGAAUUUUUGCAUAAAUGUAGGUACAUUUUGGUGACACCACCCCCCACCCCACACACACACACACCACACACAGUGUCAAACAGUCCAACCAACUGCAGGCAAAAGAUCGACAAGCUGAUGGAGAACCUCUGCAGCCUGAUUGGAGACUUGUACAGCAGAUAUCUCCUGACAGCAGCAGUUAGUAGACUUGACAUUGACAAGGUUAGCUUGUGUAGAUUGAUUAUAUAAAUGUACGCAUUUAUGUUGUAGUUUGUUUGACAAAUUUGAAUAUACUUCAUUUGUUUAUCAUUUAAAUUGUUUAUCAUAACACCAACAGUGCAAGUUUAUAAUUGUUUGUUUCAGGUCCAAUACAAGGUAAGAAGGAAUAAGAAAGAUGAUACUGGCCUGCUAAUGGAUCUCAGGCAAAGACCAUGCUGCAAGACUAGGAGAAGUACAGUCUCAGAGACAAGAGAGUUAUUGAGUUCAAAGAUAUUUUGCUAUGGUGCUUGACAACCUACUGAAAAAAAUCCCAAUGUCUGAUCCUGUUCUUUAAAAUACUUCUGUAGUUGAUCCAAAAAAGAGAUUAGAGGUUAAACAUCAGAAUACUUUCUUAACAGAUUCCCCAUUCUGAUCCCCAGAGAGACUGAUGUUGACACCAUCUCUGAAGAGUUUGUAAUGUAUCAGCAGACAAACAUUGAUGUUUGUAUUGAUGAUGGGGAUUGACAGGAUUUUGCAAAGAAUUAGAAAAAAGCAUCCAGCCCUUAAGAAUCUUGCACAUGUUGCGAAGGGGAUCCUCACUAUACUUUAUUUCAGUGCUGCCUGCGAGAGAAAAACUCUAUAUGGUCCGGAAAACAUGCCCAGACCAAAGAACACCAAUGGCUUUGUUAGUUCUUAAGUGGAAAUCAGGAAGCUGCUUGGAUGAAACUCUCAGUGCCAAAGACCCCCCAGCAGCUUAACAGUUCCUACUACAACUUAAUGAAGAAAUAUGUAUAAAACUCCAGCAAAACUGUGUCAAUAUAUGUAAAGUCUGUGAAAAAAAUCAUUUUCGUUGUACAUAUAACAGUAUGAUUUACAUAAAAGUUUGAUGAACUUUCUUCACAGUUGUUUUCUUUUUAUUGAUAAUUAGCAGUGAGUAAAUGCAAGCAUCAUCAAUAACACAAAACUGUUUAAAUUAUUUAUAAAAUGUGUAUUCGGCUAAAUUUAAGUACAUGCCCCUUUUAUUACUACUGAGUGUACUAUUUUGAGAUAUUAUUGAACUAUUCUGAGAUGAAAUUGUACAAUUUUUUGGUACUAUUUUUGGAGUUCUCAGGUAACCAGGUCUGGUACUGCCUAGUUUUUUUUUGUUUUUUUUAAGUCACCAAGAAUUUGACACCCAGAAAAUCAUUAUCUUCCACUUCCAUAUUUAAAAAAAAAAAAGGUUGAAAUAAUUAAAUAUACAAAUCUAGCAUAGUUUACCAGAUAUCUCAUUUCUGGAUCAAAGUAAAUAUCUUCUAUAUGGCUCCUGAAAUCUAUCUGAAAUUUUUCAUUCUUCUUUCAACAGUUGAGCUGCCUCAAUAUUUUCCCACAGAACCACCAGUUUAUAUCUUUAAGUCGGUGUAUCACAAUCAGAACAAAAAACCGUACACAGAACGCCAUACAGAAUUUCCUUACAGCCCUAGAUGGAGUGGGGUGGAGAUGGCUAAAAGAACAAGGUAGGAAUACUGUUAGCAAAAAGUAGUCAAGAAUUCUAUCAUGUAUCAGGAUUAUGUUAUUUAAUGAUGUUGCUCAAAAUAAUAACGCUGUUGUACAUUUACUUAGUAAGAUCUUGUUUUAUUAAAAGAUGUAUUUUUCCUGUAACUUUUAAAUCAGUUGCUCCCAACCUUUUUUUUUUUCUCCCAUAUCCCUUGAUUAGACGUUUCAUUUUUGCGUCUUCGUUUUUCUCCUCCACCCCCCCCCCCCCCACCCCAAACUAUAGCUUCUUGUAAAUGAAUAGAUGUUUAAAAAAUUUUUUCCGCCAUCAUUAAAUCAAUAUACCCCAGAUUGGGAGCUGCUGUUACUAAAUGAUGAAAUGCAAGUUAAAAUAAAACCUUAAGUCAAUAUGUUUUAAUGAGAUGUGAGCUUCCAAGUCUUUUUAGAAUGUGAGGUCAAAAUUGAAGAGCCAAAUUAUUAAAAGGGACACAUUCUUGAAUUUAUAAUACUUAAUAACAUUCCCUGUCACUUUCCUUAAUAGAUCAGAGAUAUAAUACUAACAAACACUAUUACCUAUAGGGGGGGGGGGUAUUAUGUUUUCCUGAGAAUAACAUUAUCUAUUGAGCACCGGAUAUUAAACCAAAUGAUAAAAUUCUGUGUAUGAAACUUCCUCUAUUUCAGUGCUUUCAUUUGGGAAAAUAUAAAGAACUUUCAAACAGCCUCUGUCAAUAAUUCUGACAGAUGAAUUGGUUUUUAAGAGGAGUAGCUUACCGGGCCUCUAAAAUGAAAUAAACAAUUGAAAUUGAAGGACCACAGGAAACAGAUGGACACAGCCCAUGUCAGCAGUGCAGAAUAUCUAUCCAAUUCAGUCUUUCACAGCCAGUCAUUACAUUUAUGAGGAUGUUUCUGCUUCAAUUCUGUCAGUUUAUUCUUUAUAUGUAGAUAGCGGGAAGAAGCUCCAGUUAAUGCAUAAAAAAAAAGUAAGGGCAAUUUUAUUUUUGUGAGUGUUAUUAAUAUUAUUACCGUAUUCAAUUUAUCUGCAAAAAAAUCUAGUACACCUGUACAUGAAUGACUCAUAUUACACUGAAGUAUAUGAGAAUCACUUGAGUUUUGUUAUUUAAUACUCUUCAAUGUGCACUUUAUUGAGAAUGAAGGGGCUUUCAAAGUUUUGUGGCUGACUUUAGGCAUGGUUAGUAGGUGGGUUGCAUUGAGCUGACUUGGCUAUUCUGGAUGUUUCAGUGAUCCUAAAUACUUGAUCAAAUUGAUAGUAGUAAAUGAGGUUUAAAGAGAUUUAGCUAUUAACACUUUCUUUGCUGCCAGGCUAAAUUGUUGCUAUACCUGUUUUGAACUUGGCAUUUGAAUUGUUUUAAAAUCUGUUUGUGUGAGCAUUUCUUGUUACCGUAUAAAUUGUAUAAACUUCUCUUGUACGGUAGGCAAGCAGCAGAAGUGAAAGUAAAAUGAUUUUAUAAAUUGACAUACAUUGGCAGAGAUUUCAAGUUUUUCUGAUAACUCUAGAAAUCAAUGAAUGUCAUUUCAUGCACUGCCAAUAUAAUCUCAUCUUUUUACUUGUAACAUGAAUCUUGCUGAAGAUAACAAAUUUCUUUUUAUUAUUAUGUGAAUUUGUCAGAAGAUAAAAAAUAUAUCCCAUUUUGUGUUAAAACUCUCUUAGAUUAGUGUUUCACUCAGAACUUGGUGAUCUAGCAAUCUAGGGCCAGUCCAUGGUUCACCAUGUUCAAAGCAUUUAUGAAAGUUUUAAUUAUUUGGCAGAUUUUUAACCAACAAAUUGAAAAAAAAAUUGUAUUUAACAUGUUAUGAUAAAAGUUUGUUUUAUGUGCAAUAUUUUUUAUUCAAAUGUUUCACAUUUAUUGUUCUGUUAUUAAUUUUUCAAUAUUUGUCUAUAAUAAAAUAAAAGUAAAAUACAUUUCAAUGAGCAACUGAGAGUAUAAUAUUCCAUAUUUAAGCAUGCAUUCUGUGUGUGUUCAAAGCUAAAAAAUGAACUCUUAUGCGAGCCUGAAUAAUCUUAUAUUGAAAAUCUUAAAUUUUUUUCUCCCAUGAUAAAUAAAUGAAUAAUAAAGUUAAUAGCUGGAAAGACUUUAGUGAAUAAAUAUAAAACGUACUCAAUUGAGUGACAAUUCCUAUUGUUUUGACCAGUUCAGUACUGGCUGUUGGAAAUGGGUCCUAGUUAGCAGGGCCGGCCUUAGGCCACUGCAACCUAUGCGGCCGCAGUGGGCCCCGCACUUAUUUUUCUAAUACAAAAUCUUAAUUUUCACUUAUUAUCCUUAUCCCUAUCCCGACUUGGGCCCUGCGCAAUCCGUUUCGCAUAGGGCCCCGCAAUUUGAUAGGGCCAGCCCUGCUAGUUAGUCAUGAGUUGUAAUCAGUGCAGUUAUACAGACUAGAAAAUAC